GCACAGCUGUGAGCAGGCACUAAAAGUUAGUUCUUUACGCACGGUUAGUGCGCGUGUGCGAUAGUCGUAAACAAAAUGUAACCUGUACAGUAAGUAGUAAUCAAUCAGUUUUUGACAGUUUCUAGAUGAGUAACGUAAGUAAUGUCCAAGUAUUAUUCAAAUCUCACGCUAUAAAAUCUAGUUCACUAUUUAUCGUUGGCUUUGGAAUAGUUAGCGUUUGCAGUUGUUUAUUUGUGAAGUAAUUUCAUUGGCUGCUCACUGUAAUUCUAAACUAUCUACGCGACAAGCGUUAAUUAAUCAAAAAUAGUUGCUUGAAAGACUUUAAUUUGUUUGUGUGCACUAAUGGAAGAAAUGAAAGAGAAGAAGGCAAACGAUAAGGAGGGCAGCCAUUCGAACAUCGGGGCAGGCGAUAAUAAAAACUGCGAGCCGAGAAGUAAGCAAUUAACUCAAGAAUGGGUUCAGGUGUUGAUAAAUCUGCGGAUGAAGCAUGCGAAAUUAUUCACACGGAAACGGCAUUCAGCGAUGAAUGCAUGGACGAGCAUUUACGAUGAAAUGAUAGACUUAGGAGCGCCAAAACACAUAACCGUUGACAAAAUCAAGAAGAAAUGGAUGAAUUUGGUAGCUCGCUACAAGGUAAAACGCAAUGAGCUCUUACAAAGGGCCACAAAUAUUAAAAACACCAAAUCGCAGCAUUUUAAAUUCGUCCUAAACGCCAGCGGUACAAUAUCAUGGCCGUACUUCGACCAAAUCGAUCGCGCGUACGCCAGGAAUCCAAACAUUAUCGAAUUGCGGAAGAACUUUCGAAGCGGCAAUUGCAGUCUUAAACUUGUCGAGAGCGACAGCGAUAAUGAGUCUGUCACCGCGUAUGCUGAUUCUAUGAUGAAGCGUCAGCAAUUCACGAGCAUCCUGAUUCAACUGCGGUGCGCCUACAAACACUUGUUUACUGGGAAGAAAUAUGCUGCACAACGUGGAUGGAUGGUAGUCAAAAAUAUGCAUCCAGAUGGUGAGAAUUACACUGUUGAUCAAUUCAGCAAGUGUUGGCAGAACCUAACACAACGCUACAGGACACUAAUAGACACGGAAAAAGACCACAGUAAAAUCUCCUGGAUGCAUUUCCCCACCAUGCACAAAGUAAUGGAGCGUUUAGAAGCGUAUACCUCUGAAAAGUCCUCCGUUAAUCCACCCAGUCCUGUUUCACUACCAUCUGAAGAAAAUCAUGAAGAUGAACUCUCCGAAGGUAAAACAAAUGAUUUUUUCGAUGAGGAAGAAGACAACGCAUUUGUCUUUGAUCAAUUAAUACUCGAGGAACCCAAGAAUAAACGUCGGCGUACGUGUUGCGAGAAUGGCGACAAAGAAAACGAAACUCCCAUUGACGAUCUUCUGAAGUAUUUGAUUCAGCGCGAUAUUCGACUGGAUGAACAGCAUGACCAACUGAUGAAGGUUCUCAAUAACAUCCACAACAAGUUGGGCGAGUAAUAAUGUUAAUUUCCUGUGUAGAUAUUAAUCUUUAAACUAACGCUAGUUACAACAUAAUUGGCUAAAGAAAA